CAGCAGUCCCAUUGCAUUCAAGUGUCUCUUCUUCUAUUUCUCUCUCCAUUUCUAGUGAUCACUUGUGGAAGCUUUUCAUGUUCAUGAUGAGUGGGAUAAAAAGUUGGCAGCUGCUUGUAUUUGGGUUGCUUUGUUCUUGCAAUUUCAUUAGUGUUCUUACCGAGGAUCCUUACCGAUUCUUCGACUGGAAUAUUACGUAUGGCGACAUUUAUCCACUCGGCAUAAAACAACAGGGAAUUCUUAUUAAUGGACAAUUUCCAGGGCCGGAUAUAUACUCAGUCACCAAUAACAAUCUCAUUAUUAAUGUGCAUAAUAGCUUGCCAGAGCCUUUUCUUAUUUCAUGGAAUGGGGUUCAGCAGAGGAGAAAUUCAUAUCAAGAUGGGGUAUAUGGAACAACUUGUCCAAUUCCUCCAGGCAAGAACUUCACUUACACAUUACAAGUCAAAGAUCAAAUUGGCAGCUUUUACUACUUCCCAUCUCUUGCAUUCCACAAGGCAGCUGGUGGCUUCGGCGGCAUCAGGAUCCUUAGCAGGCCUUUGAUUCCUGUCCCCUUCCCUGAACCUGCCGACGAUUUCACCGUUCUUAUCGGAGAUUGGUAUCUCACCAACCACACGAAAUUGAAGGCCGUUUUAGAUCGGGGGCACAGGCUUCCUUUCCCAAAUGCCAUUCUGAUCAACGGGCGUGGACCUAAUGCUACAACUUUCACUUUCGAACAAGGGAAAACUUACAGGCUCAGGAUAUCCAAUGUGGGCCUUCAAAAUUCACUCAAUUUUCGGAUUCAAGGCCACAAGAUGAAGCUUGUUGAAGUUGAAGGGACCCACACAAUUCAGACAACCUAUUCAUCCCUGGAUGUCCACGUUGGCCAAUCAUAUUCAGUGUUAGUCACAGCUGAUCAGCCAGCUCAGGACUAUUACAUUGCUGUGUCAACUCGUUUCACCACCAAGGUUCUUACCUCCACUGCUAUUCUUCACUAUAGCAACUCCGGCAAGACAGUCUCCGGUCCAGUUCCCGGCGGACCCACCACCCAGAUCGAUUGGUCACUUGAACAAGCUCGCUCUAUUAGGACAAACCUGACAGCAAGCGGACCAAGACCAAAUCCUCAGGGAUCAUACCACUAUGGACUGAUAAACAUUAGCAGAACAAUCAAGCUUGAAAGCUCAGCAGCUCAGGUUAAUCGCAAGCAGAGAUAUGCAGUUAACAGCGUAUCGUUUGUCCCUGCUGAUACUCCCCUGAAGCUCGCCGACUACUUUAAGAUUGGCGGCGUUUUUAAGGUUGGAAGCAUAUCAGAUUAUCCAACUCGCAAGCAGAUGUAUCUUGACACUUCAGUCAUGGGCGCUGAUUUCAGGGCCUUCGUUGAGAUUGUGUUUCAGAAUCAUGAGAAUAUUAUCCAGAGCUGGCACCUCGAUGGAUACUCCUUCUGGGUAGUCGGAAUGGAUGGAGGAGUUUGGACGCCGGCGAGCCGUGAUCAAUACAAUCUUAGAGAUGCAGUAUCACGUUGCACUACACAGGUGUAUCCCAAGUCAUGGACUGCCAUUUAUGUAGCACUUGAUAAUGUGGGAAUGUGGAAUGUGAGGAGUGAAUUUUGGGCAAGGCAAUACCUAGGACAGCAAUUUUAUCUGAGGGUUUACUCACCAGUGGAAUCAACAAGAGAUGAAUAUCCAAUUCCCAAAAAUGCCCUUCUCUGUGGGAGAGCCAUUGGCAAAACUACACGACCUCUUUAAACAAAGUUUCUGCUGAAUUAUACAAAUCUUUGCUCUUUUCUAUGACCCUCAACUCAGGGUCUUAUUCUUUUUUCAUUUAUAUUUGUAUUUAAUAAGUUUAUUUUAGUUUAUAGCUAUGAAAUUUCUUUAUUCACAAA